AUAAAGAGAGAGAGCCAGAGGUAGAGUGAGUAUAGUGAGUGUUUGUUCUGCACUCUCGGAGCUGAACUGCUGUUCGUUUCUGCCCGGAGGUGUGUGUGAGUGCGUGUGAGAAUGUGUGUGAUGUAGCUGCACUCUCGUCAGAGCGUCUGAUCGAACAUAGUGUCUGUGAAACCCUGACAGAGGAGAGGGAUGGACAGAAGAAUGGUGGUAGGAAGAGGAGGACUGAAGAAGAGCAAAUACAUCGUUCCCUGCUUUCUCUUCGUGGAGUUGGUGAUCAUGACCGGGACGGUUCUGUUGGCGUAUUAUUUUGAGUACACCGAUACAUUCCCUGUCCACAUCCAGGGGUUCUUCUGCUACGAUAAAGCGUUCUCCAAACCGUACCCCGGCCCCGAGGACUCCAGCAGAGCACCGCCUGUACUCGUCUACUCACUUGUGACCGCCAUCCCAACCAUCACGAUCCUGAUCGGAGAGCUGGCAUUGUUUUUUUCGAAGCCUGAGGCCUUGCAGGAGAAAACCAUCGUAACUGCAGAUUGUUGCUACUUCAACCCUCUGCUGCGCCGCAUCGUACGCUUUCUGGGGGUCUACUCCUUCGGUCUCUUCACCACUACCAUCUUUGCCAAUGCGGGGCAGGUGGUAACAGGAAACCAGGCACCCCAUUUCCUGUCUGCGUGUCGUCCGAACUACACAGCGCUGGGCUGCCACUCCUCAUUGCAGUACAUCUCAGAGAGGCGGGCGUGCACAGGAAACCCCUACAUCAUUGCUUCCGCCCGAAAAUCCUUCCCAUCCAAAGAUGCUGCACUCAGCACCUACUGCGCCAUCUACACAGUGAUGUACGUCACGUUGGCAUGGAGGACUAAAGGCACACGCCUCAUGAAGCCCACCUUGUGCCUCACUCUGCUCUCGUUGGCUUUGCUGGUGGGUGUGGUCCGUGUGGCGGAGUAUCGGAACCAUUGGUCUGAUGUGCUGGCCGGUUACGCUACAGGAGGUGCGAUUGCUGCCUUUCUGGUAACUUGUGUUAUUAAUAACUUCCAGCAGACUCAGCCUCCAAUGCCACUGCUCGUUCGACCCCCCCGGCCUGAACCCUCCCUUAGCAUGCCCAUGGUGGCCAUGCCUAGUGUGGAGAGUCCACUAGAAAAGUUAAGUGGCCCUCAGGUUCCAGUCUCUCUCUACUCAGGGGUCACAUGACCAUCAGCCCUUCCUAGCUCCCGCCCCUCCCGAUGUCCUGAUCCACUCACGUCGCUCCAUUUCCAGCGCAGUCUAGACCAGCCCUCCGAAUGCCCCGCCCUCUCCUGCCCUGAGACCCGCCCCCUCAGAGGUUACUCCACACAGGUCUAGAUAUGCACUCUCACUGCUGCGCCCUACUGGACUGAACAGCAAUGACAGCGAUAUUAUUAACUGUCAUUCUUCCACCAGCUGACGAUUUUAUAGCAGAUUUGUUUGUGUCUCAUUUUUUCCCUCAUGUUUGCUCCUCCUCGUCUUUCGGAUGAGUGGUUAGACCUUUUACUGCCACUCCGUCCUCAACGUCUUCACAAACUGAGCUGUGAAAAAGCCUCGAGUGUAGCAGGGCUGAUAAAGGACAGCAAAGCUAGACAAAAACUAAAAAAUAACGAUGAAGCAACCAUUUCAUAAAAUUGCAUACAAAUAAAAGUGAAAAUGGUCAAAAUCAAUAUAAGUGCAGAUAAAAUGUGUAAUAUUGUAAAAGUAUUGUAACUUUUUCUAGUAACCAAGCAUGAUGAGAACAAAGAGGCCAUAGACAGUUGGCUUUUCUUUAAUAAUACAUUUACAAGUCUAGCUGUUACACUAUUAAUGCCAAAACUAAAAUGCAUAAAACAAGAUAUAGGUAUAUUUUUACAAAAAAAAAGGAACCUGACACUGCAGUGAGUUUUAAAGGGAGGUGAAAAUAAUGUAGUACCUGUUAUAGCGAUAGCGUGUGUCAUUACUG